AUAUGAGCAGUGAAAAUGGAAGUAAUUAAUGCUCAUCAUUUAUGCAAUGCAGGUCUUAAUUAUAAUUAUUAUUAUACAUUUACUACUCUUAGUAAAUGUAAAACAGAAAAUAUACACGCAAGAAAAGAGCGAGUCAUUCGUCUAUUUUGGCUAUUUCCUGAUCUAUAUAAACACCGCGUUCGCUUCCUUUCGCCUUCUUCCUCUGCGUUUCCAGUUUCCAAUCGCAUUCCUCUCUCUCUGCAAACAACCACAGCAACCGCUCUCGAGAUGGAUACCUUCCUCUUCACCUCAGAAUCUGUAAAUGAAGGUCACCCCGACAAGCUGUGCGACCAGGUUUCCGAUGCCAUCCUAGAUGCAUGCUUGGAGCAAGACCCAGAGAGUAAGGUUGCUUGUGAGACCUGUACAAAAACUAACAUGGUUAUGGUCUUCGGUGAGAUCACAACCAAGGCAAAUGUGAACUAUGAGAAAAUAGUUCGAGACACUUGCAGAGGGAUUGGGUUUGUGUCAGCUGAUGUUGGUCUUGAUGCUGACAACUGCAAAGUUCUGGUCAACAUUGAACAACAGAGUCCUGACAUUGCUCAAGGAGUUCACGGUCAUAUGACCAAGAAACCAGAGGAAAUUGGUGCUGGUGACCAAGGCCACAUGUUUGGCUAUGCCACAGACGAAACACCUGAGCUAAUGCCACUCACUCAUGUGCUUGCCACUAAGCUUGGUGCAAAGCUCACUGAAGUUAGAAAGAACAAGACAUGCCCAUGGCUGAGGCCUGAUGGCAAAACCCAAGUGACUGUUGAGUACCGGAACGACAAUGGAGCCAUGAUCCCCCUCCGGGUGCACACAGUUCUCAUCUCAACUCAGCAUGAUGAAACUGUCACAAAUGAACAGAUUGCUGCAGAUUUGAAAGAGCAUGUGAUCAAACCUGUCAUCCCAGCAAAAUACCUUGAUGACAAUACUAUCUUCCACCUCAACCCCUCUGGCAGAUUUGUGAUCGGUGGACCCCAUGGAGAUGCAGGACUCACUGGCCGGAAGAUCAUCAUUGACACCUAUGGUGGUUGGGGCGCUCACGGUGGUGGCGCCUUCUCCGGCAAGGACCCAACCAAGGUCGACAGAAGUGGCGCGUACGUUGUUAGGCAGGCAGCGAAGAGUGUGGUAGCUUCAGGGCUUGCUCGGCGUUGCAUUGUGCAGGUUUCUUAUGCAAUUGGAGUCCCAGAGCCACUUUCUGUAUUUGUAGACACAUACAAAACAGGGAAGAUUCCAGACAAUGAAAUCUUGGCUCUGAUUAAGGAGAGUUUUGACUUCAGGCCAGGAAUGAUUGCCAUCAAUCUUGACCUCAUGAGAGGAGGCAACUUCAGGUACCAGAAGACUGCUGCUUAUGGCCAUUUUGGACGUGAUGAUGCUGAUUUUACUUGGGAGACCGUGAAGGUGCUCAAGCCAAAAGCUUGAGUUAAGUUAGCCAGCCAUCAUUGAUACUAGUGGUUAUCAUCGUAGCCAUCUUUCAGAUUUGGGGUAAAGAGAAAAUAAAGGAGCCUCAGUGUUUACAUCUCUUUUUCAAGAUGAUGUCUUAGCAGUUAGCACAAGGGAGCAUGCAACAGCACUAGCUACCGCUUUCGUUUUUUGUUUUACAACAUUAUUUGAAUUUCUAUUGUGGCUGAUUUUCUCAUGUCUACUAUUGAUUGUUUUGCAACCAAUUUCGUGACAUUUGGUGUAAACUUGUUCUCUAUUUGGUGCCAAUUUAUGAAAUGUUAGCCUUAUGAAAUACAA